AUGGAAAAUGUAAAACAAAGAGAUUUGCUAAAUUCCUGAGGAGAAGGAUUUUGGAAGCGACAUCUAAAAGCUUUUGCCUUUAUUAGGCUGCUGAUGUUUUAUGUCCUUGAUAUGCUUGAGGACAAGUUCAUAAUUCCAGAGCUUUCCAUGACUAUUGGAGCGCUCUAUAUUUUAGAUCUAAACACCAAAAUUCUUGGCACUUAUGAGCUUCAAGCAAUUUGCUAUCAUUUAAAUGAAGUAAUCACUAUAAAGGAUAAAAAGAAAAACAUUCCUUGGGUUUUUAAUGUUGACAGCUCAUUCUCUAAAUACUCUCAUUGGUUUUAUUUCUUUAUAUUUGUCGGCAAUAUUCGCUCAUCUCCAUAUAUAAUAUCCUUGCUUUGUGCAUUAUACAGCACUUAUGACACCAUUCUUAAAUUAAUUGAUGCAUCACUCUGCCCUGCAUAUAGCCACGAAACUGCAGCUUGGAUUACAAAUAUAAUUGUAGGCUAUAUAAGGGCCAUUUUAAGUAUUUGGGCAUUUUUCUUGUGAAUUGCUGUUUUAUUUUUCCCCAAGAAAUACAGAAAAUCAAUACAAAUUUACGAAAUCUUCGGGAAAAUCGCAAAGUUAAUUUUAUUGAAAGUCUUAUGCUGUAAACGAAGGCAAAAAACCAAGGCAGUAUUGAGAAUUCCAUUUACUUAUCCAUUUAGAAUUAUGAGAAUUAUUAAAAUGGAGAGCGGAGUUAGAUGUUGGUGUCCUGCGAGUUGAUCGAGGCCCGAGGAAGGUGGGUCCGAUUGGCGAUAGUUCUCCGGCGUGGGUUUUUAGUGCUGCUCAACCUUUUUUCAUUGACCCACGUCGACAGAGAGAGGCAAAACAUCCUUCCUUACUUCUUGGGAGGCAAUCUUGAGUCUGCAAUAGGACUAAGGUAGGCCAUUAGGAGAUUUUGGGUGAUUCUGCAAUAUGUCAAGUCCUGGCGGUAGGCAGUCCUUAAUAGCUGGCCAAGGAUCAGGACCUGAACUGGGGAAUCUCUCUGACAGAGUGUCUGACGUCACCAUUAUUUUUGACGUCGACGGAAAAAGGGCAUAGUUGAAGUUAGUGUGUCUAGCGCUACCUAAGCGUGAAGCUAACUCGUGAAGAGUAAGGGCUAAAAUAAGCCAGUGAACGCUACAAUCGAUCUUAAUCUUAAUUUAGAAUUAUCAUAUCUGCUUGAAUUUCAUAUGCAUUUGCUUUUGCUGUCAUGAUAUUGGUAUAUAUUAUUUAGUAUUCGAUUGCAUUUUACUCAUUUUAUUAUUUAGCUGACUCUUUAGCAUCUUACAAAGAUUAUUUAGAAACCCAGGAUGGAGAUUCGCCUUUCAUUAUAUUUUACUUACAGAGCACUAGUGUGUUCACUGUAAGUGAAGGUAUAGCUUUAUUAACAAAAGCAAUAACACUUGUGAGGUCUCUUUUUCCCUGUGCUCUUGCAGGAAUAAUUAUUGGUCAUUUAUUUGUGAUUUAUUCGAUUGGUGUGAUGCUCUACAGAUAUAAGCAAUAUAUGCUGAUAAUCAUACAUGAAAGUGAUAACCGAGAGCUUUUAAAGCGAAUUUGACGAUUUUCUAGUCACUUACUCCCCCCCCUCCGUGAGUGAACAAAAAAAUUUUGUUCACUCACGGAGGGGGGGUUCAUUUUUUUUUUUUUAAAGAAUUUAUAUUUAAAUUUUAUAAAAAAAAUAUUUGUUUUUGAAAUUUAAUUUAAUUUAUAAAAUUUAUGUUUUAAAAGCAAUUCGUUUAAAAUUAAACAGAAUUAGCUCUAGAUUUCAUUAUAUUAAUUAUCACUUAUAUAUCAAAAUUUUUUCCAUAAAAAAAAUUUUUCUAUUAAAAAAAUUUUUGUUCACCCACGGAGGGUGGGUUUUUGGGCAAAAAAUGGCGAUUUUUCUAAUGGUUUUGCUCACUCACGGAGGGGGGGUGAGUUAGCAAUUUUCUUUCCAGGUAAAAAGCUAUAUAGCGCAGUUUGUUAUUAAUUGUGUAUUCCUUCAAUUCACAUUUUCGUUUUUGGUGUUUAGCAUCCUCUUUGGGAUUGCUCUUUACAUAAACCUAUCAGGCCCAGGCUCAUACUUUGCUGGACGAACCAUAUGAUUUUGGCUUAGCUUUUCGCCAUUAAUAUUAGGGUAACUCCUAAAUAGGACUUUUUAUUUCCCUAAGCUAGUUGAAAAAGACAGAAAAGUCAAAAAUAAACUUUAUUUUUGCUUUUGGGACGGAUGAUAUUUUCUUAUAGGCUUUAUAGGCGCUUUUAUCAAAGGCAUAACAAGGUAUAUUUUAGGCACAAGUGUUGCUUUAUUCUUUGGAUUCAGAGCUCAUGUAAGCAUAAUGCCUUCACCAUUUGAUAGAUUAGAUUCUCUUUAUAGGAGCUUUUAUGGGUGCAUGACACUGCAUUGUAUUUCUCUUGGAAUCAUGCUGACACAAAGGGAAAUUGAAGAAAUGUCGAUUAUUCAUAAAGACAAAGGUCCUCCAAAAGUUGUAUUUUAA